UAUUUCCACUAUGAGUCCACACCAGUUGGUACUGGGACAGGCGUAACUAGCUCACUUGAGCUAACUCGGCUAGUCGGCAUAUAUAAGAGAAGAGAGACGUGGGCCUGGUUCACGUUAUUAAAGUACCAGGAACGGACUACAAUUUUUUUUUUGGCCCACUUUCUGGGAGGCAAAGAAGGCUGUCCGAGUGUCGGGAAGCCCCGGCGGAGGAGUGCGGUGACCGCUCACCAGGCGGUAGUUUGGACCGUGCUUGGGACUUUUUCCCCCCCCGGCUGGACUGAGAAAGGGAGGCGAGCGACCUGCGUUUUCACCCCCGGGGGGAGGACCGCCGACAUGUCGAAAAUGCCGGCGAAAAAGAAGAGUUGUUUCCAGAUCACCAGUGUCACUCAGGCGCAGGUGGCGGCCAGCAACACCAUGGACGAUACCGAGAGUCUGGAGGACCCGGACGAGUCCCGGACGGAAGACGUGGCCUCGGAAAUAUUCGACGUGUCACGGACCGAACUCGGCGUGUGCGAUAGGAGCUCAUCCGAGGAAACCUUACACAACGUGGGGGAGACUCAGGAGGUCCCUUUGACAGCUCCUGUCAACGGUGGUCUCCCUUUCAAUAAGACCGGCGUUCCGGUCCCGGUGAGUACCUGCAACUCCCGUUUCAGAGUCAUCAAACUAGACCAUGGUACCGGCGAGCCCUUCCGACGUGGUCGAUGGACUUGCACCGAGUUCCAUGACAAAGACACUGAUUCAAAUAGUAAUCGGACUGUGGAUCGGACCCCGGAUCACUGCAUAGACAGAGACAGUGGGCUGGGGACCGCCAGUAACACCGUGGUCUCGACCAGCGCGUCUUCCUCACAAGCUUUGGAGAAUGCCGUCGACACGCAUCUCGUCCAUUCCGGUGAGACUCCGCAGCAAGGCUACAACCUGGUUCCCCGGAUCGGGAGCGGAGCGAGUGCCUUCCAGCCCACAGGGUAUUCAGCGACGGCGUCCAAGCAAACGCAGCACGCUCAGGUCAACAUGCAAGCUGCUGCUCCCCAAACCUUUAUCUCGAAUCACCUCAACGGCCUGCACCAAGGUGCAGUGCAGUCUCCCGGCGCACAAGUCCCGCAGUAUGUUUAUUCAAACGCAGGCCAGCCAGAUCGCCAACAGCACUUUGGUUCCAGCAACCUUCCCUUAAAUCUGAACUUAUCCAGCCAGGGCCCCUCGCCUCUUAACAUGCUUCCCCAAGGGCUCUGUGGGGAGGCACCCGCCACGUCCCAGGGCGUCCUGCUACACAUGGUUUCGGCGAACGGUCAGCAGCUGCCACUAAACCAGGCGCAACCGUCGGGGGGUUUAAGCGUUGCGCCAACGUGUUCCGUCCCCACCGGCCACAGCGUCGUUCAGAAUGUGCCUGUCACAGUGCCCAGCACCACCAAUACCCCUUCUGGCGGGGCCAGUGCCAGCGGAAUUAACCAGUCCCAGGGGGCCCACGUGGGCUCCAGCCCAGGCCUUCUCUCCGGAUUCAGUAACCAUGCAGACGAUGCUCUACCGACAUCUGAAGUGCUACCUCAGCCCUGUGCCAGUCUGGUGCCGGCGAAAAAUGUCAUGAGGCCUUUCAUGACAGAGGGUCUCGGCCUGCCCAGUCCUGCUGUCAACAGUCUGUUUGGCAUCCAUAUAACCAUGGAUGGGGAUGAAGACAGUGCGUCCGGCGCCAGCGUCGUGGCCAUCGACAACAAGAUCGAACAGGCUAUGGAUCUGGUGAAGAGCCAUCUGAUGUACGCCGUCCGCGAGGAGGUGGAGGUGCUGAAGGAGCAGAUCAAGGAGCUGUUCGAGAGGAACUCCAUGUUGGAGCGCGAGAACGCCGUGCUCAAGUCCUUGGCCAACUCGGACCAGCUCAGCCAGCUCAGCCCGGGCGGCAGCGGCGGCAGCAGCAGCAGUACGUCACCGCCGCCGCCGCAACAACAACAACACUCGGCCAUUACAAACAACACGCACCACGAGGGGAGUCAGAGCGGCCACCAUCAGCCCAACAUCACCUCGGCGUGAUUCCCCCCGCCCCCACACAUAUAUAAACACACAUUCACACACCCACGUCCUGUUAGCAAAACAUACCGUCCCUAAAGCGUGCUAAAAUGCCUUUUAUCGCCCGUUGAGAAAUGUUAUUUCUGGCUGCGAGAAAGCUGAAACGGACGGUGGCUUAAGGGGAAGCCAAGGUGCACACCGUAACGUGGCAUCGAACCCGGGCGUGGCCCCGCAAAGUCCGGCCCGGAACGGCAGGAGCCCAGCAUGAUUCGCUGCAACAAAAACUCCCCGUCCCCCUACCCACCCACAAUCUUAUUUUCAUUAAUACUUGUAUUUUUAUUUAGCGUUUAUUUAUUUCACAGCUGCUAUUUUUUUUCCAUGAACAAAAUGUCACUUUUUUUUUUUUGUUUUGUUUUGGGACUGUCAGGUUUCUCUGUCAAGCAAGUACGAGUCAAGUCGGCAAUAAUAAGUCCCGCAAACGUUUGAAAGAGAGCCAACACUACGUUAAGUUGAAUGUAUAUUUUGUAAAGCAUUGAGAGUGAAGAAGGUAUGUACAGUAAUAGGGUGUCCAAACAAAUAUGGGCUGGCAGGUUUUGUUCAAGAAAACUAUCGAUUCUCUAGGCGUUCUUAGUCUAAAUAAGGGUGGGAGGGCUUUGUUUGGGGGAUGAAAAGCUGUGAAAAUUGUUGGACCUACUUCAUAACCAAAGAUGUAAAAGCUGUGUAAGUCGUUUUUUUGUUUGUCAUCCUUUUUUAAACGCACUAUAUCGUUUCUGGCUCUUUGCAUGACGCGCAUGCCCUAUAACCACAACCCUUUUCUUAAAGUCACAGUUUUAAACCGGCAUGUUUUCAGUCUGGGAAGGAUAGCGGAAAGUGUGGCGCAGGAGAGGAGAGGAGAAGGUGGGGGGGGAGAAAAAAGAAAAGGAAGUUAGAAAAGGAGCCGUUUUUGUUUUUUUUUUGUUCUGGAUUUUAAUGUAUUUAACUGGAUUGUAGUGUUCCAACAUGUCCGACAAACAAAACACACUUUUCUCAACGUCACGCCGGGGAGAGAGAGAGAGAGUAUUAGGGGAUGUUCUUGUUCCGUCUUGUCUGUCGUGCCUCCUUUUUGCUGUCGUCAGCUCUUUCUGACGCGCUCCUUGUGGCUUAGAACCAAACCAAAAUACUUGGGGAUUGUACAACUUUUUUUUUUUUUUUUCUUACACACACAACGGGGGUUGUUUCUUUUGUGUCUUUUCAUUUUGAAGGAGAUGCCGCGUACAUGCCAAGUGUACUGUAUGGAAGUGUUCACUGAGCCUUGGAGAGAAUAUCUUAACGACGCCCUUGCAAUGUGCUGUUCAGACGAUUUUAGUUUUCAGACAAUAAUAAAUUACUGUUUUAUUAAGAA